AUGAGGAUUUUUGCCAAUCAAUUAUCGGCAGAAGUACGUUUAGAGUUUUAAUUAUAUUGGAGUCCACUUUUUUCUUGAAACUUACCCCUAUCUCUAUCCGUGAGUCUGUUCAUAGUCCUACUCUUUCAUCUUAUACCUCUACCCUGCUUUACUCUAACUUCUACACCUAACCUUACUCCUCCUCUAUUCUUGACACUACCCCAACUCCUAUUCUUUUCCCUGUCCUUAUCUUUGCUCUCCCCACUACAGUUACUUUUUCCUCUAUCCCUACUUUUGGAACAAUAAUUUUAGUUGUGGCUCAGCGUCAUAGAAUACCUAGACAUAUGGGAAGAUGCAAUUUCAUUGGCAAUGGUUGACAAAUGCUUUUACAAGCUUGUUAAUCAAGAUUUCAAACAGAUAUGUUACGAUCAUGUAAUAUAUCGUUUGAAAGGCGAGACUUGGGCGGAAGCUUUUGCCGAGUAAGUUCACUUUAAAAUUAAAUUUUUUUUAAAAAACUAUUUUACGAAUUUUCUAACUUUAUUGACUAGAGUAAUUUAAGGCAAAAUACGGAAGUGAAGUAGAGUACGGUAGGGUAGGUAAUGUAGAGUAACAUAGGACUAUGGCUAAACUAAUUAUGACAUUGCCACAAUUUUAGCUUCGCAACUCGUACAAUUAGGAUGAUGUUUGUCGACUCAUUCUUUCAUCAGGAGCAAGCUGUUUGUUGUCCAUUCACAGGAAAAAUGGCCAUAAAGUAUGACAAUGGUUAUGUCGUACUGACUAACCUUGACUUUGGUCGAAAAGAGUUUACCAUUAUCGACUUUACUUCGUAUACAAAUCAAAUUACUCACGUUAACAUGAUCAAUCGAGGGACAGAGCUUUUGAUUCGCACGCCCACAUUUGUGUUAGUAUAUGAUAUGUAUAGUAUGAAAGUGAUACAACAACAUGAUAUGAUAGCAACGUCAAAGGGAUUACAAGAUAUGAUAGCAACGUCAAAGGGAUUACACGGCCAAAUGCUUAACUAUCAAAUAAUAAAAAACGGUUCAGUUUUUGAUUUGUACACAAGAAAAGAAUUCAAGAUUGAUGCUCAAACGCCAAAAGGUUACAUAAGCUAUAUCAGCGUGUAUGACAAGUCAAAGUAUAUUGCAGUGCACACAAAGGACAACUUCCUUGUCAUAAUUAAUAGUAAGACAAAUGAAAAACAUCAAGUUUGUGAAUGGACAGCAGGAAUGAAAGUGUACGUCAUCAACGAAAACGAUUCUGUAUUUGUUUUGGGGGACUAUUAUGAUGCAGGUAAGGUAAAAACUUUUGAUAUCAUCCAACCUACCCUACCCUACCCUACCCUACCCUACCCUACCCUACCCUACCCUACCCUACCCUACCCUACCCUACCCUACCCUACCCUACCCUACCCUACCCUACCCUACCCUACCCUACCCUACCCUACCCUACCCUACCCUACCCUACCCUACCAUACCAUACCCUACCCUACCCUACCCUACCCUACCCUACCCUACCCUACCCUGCCCUACCCUACCCUACACUUGGCAUCGCAGUAUAAAGGCUAAUUUUGGAACUGGACUAGCUCUACUGGAUACGAGUACUACAAUUUUUUCUAUUUUAGCUGACAAAAUCGGAUUGAGAAUAUACAGUAUAAAAAAACAAAAAAUUGUGUUUGAAGAGCCGAACGUGCGUUAUUGGCAAUUAUAUAAUUUUAACACACUGUUCCAAAGAUCUGAAAAAAAGGUAAGAUUUACUAAUAAACAAUGCUUAACCGUUAAAAUUUAAAAAGUGUUAUGCUGUAGGGCAAGGCUAGUGCUAAUAAAAUGAUAUAAUAUUUUUGCUAAAACUUUGCAUUUUACAAUCGUUUUUUAGUUCUUAACUUACAACAAGACCCAUGAUUGCUGGAUAAAAACGAAAUAUGAUACCAAUCUACUACUGUGCUACAGAUAUGGCUACUUUUCUGAUUUUGGGUUUUUGCCAUCACCAACCUACAAGAUUGCAGAAUCUCAGCGUUAUACAGCAGAUGAUGAGCUUAUUAGAUUUACGUUCUUUCGGUUUAAAAAAGGCAAGUUUACCAAUUUAAAAAUGUGUUUAAUUACUAAAUUAAGGUAUGGUAGGGUAGAAUAUUGCUUUACCGCAAUUCUCUCUUCCCUCGCCCACCUAUUUAAGUUCAAAUAGUAGGCACGCUUGGUAAGCAUUAAUUUUAGAUAGUAUUCGAGUAAGACGCUUUUCGGCAGAAAUUGAAGAACGGAUUGCGUGGGAUAUAGAAGAAGAAGAGCAAAAAACCGAUAAAUAUCAAGUUAAAAAAUUGAUGAAUCUGAAGUUUCCUGUAUUAAAAGAAAAUUCAACUGAUUUUUAUAAUUGGUUUGUUAAACUACACAUUGCUAACGACUGUGUUCCAUUAAUUGACGCCAAAACCAAUGUUACACAAUAUUAUAACUUUUAUUUAUUAAAGCCUAAUUAA